AAUGAGUUUUAUGAUGCAGCCAUAAAGCAGCUACAGUAUAUAAACUUGAAGGCAACUGGAGUCAGACUAAGUGAAGCACUGUGUGACCACAACGAUGAAGCUUUUAGUGUUGGUGCUGCUUUCCCUGCUGGCUCCGUCCUCUGUCGAACCUCAGGACACCGUCCAAGGAUCCUCAAACAGAAACGCCGCAAUGAAAUCACCUUCAACGACGAAGAUCUGAUCAGCUGGAGCAUCGGAGGGGUUACUUACAAUACUGAUGGGGUUAAAGUGAUCCCAUAUCCUCCAGAGGUCUUGCGCAAGUCCACCGUUACCAACAAUGAAUGCCAAUCAGUUGUGAAAAAAUUUACACUGUCAAAGACAUACCAGGUGGAGCAAAGAUGGGAUAUUGGUUCUUCCACCACACAGAGAGUUGGAGGUAGCAUCACUGCCCAAAUCCCGUACAUUGGCUCUGCAGGUGUUGAGUUUAGCGAAUUGACAACAAAACAAUUCACCAGGGGAACCACUGUGGUGGAGUCAAUCACACACUCUUUUACUGUGGAGCAAAGCAUCCCCCCAAACCACUCCUGCAGUGUCAGUAUGCUGGGAUAUAAGUACAGGGCAGAAAUCCCUUUCAGUGCAGGCGUCAGCCAUCUCUACAGAAACGGAGGUAAAUAUGAACACAUGUCAGGGACAUACGACAAGGCCCAGAUUGGAGAGGUCCGGGCGGUGGUGGACCGCUGUGAGCCUAUAGCCAACGCCAAGCCUUGUGCCUGAAAGAAAAGUGGAAGAAACACUUUGACAUAAUGUAUGUUUAAUACCAGUAAAUUAAAUUCUGAUUAAAAGUUGAUCAGUUAUCAACUUCUUGUGUCAUAAUUUUUUACCUUAUAAUUUCAUUUUAUUAAAUUACUUUCUCUUUUUUUGGGGGGCAAAUCUGAACUGCAGCGACCUGGGAUCGAGUCCAACCCUUUGUGCCAUAUCAUUCUCCCUCUCUGUCUCUCCCUCUCUGUGUCUCUCUCUCUCUGUUGCUCUCUCUCUCUCUCUCUCUCUCUCUCUCUCUCUCUCUCUCUCUCUCUCUCUCUCUCUCUCUCCCUCUCUGUCUCUCCAUGAUUUUCCUGUCCCUCUUAUCGGAAUUAAGGCAAAAAAUAUCAAACAAAAUAGUGAUGAACCUCUUGUUAUUCAAUGCUUUUAACUUCAAAGUCGUAGUUGGGUCUUGAACAAAAAGUCCCAGUCAGGUUCAUCACUUUUUAGUGCCCCCUGGAAACACUUCUGUCGUGUGGAUUUGCAGUGUGUUUGUGUAUUUGUAUGUGUUUUCUUAAGUUGCAGUGUGUUGAUCUCUCUGAAUGACAGUAUGUAGCAGAGAUUUAGCUCUUAUUUUGCAUGUAAGCACAUUUUAUAUAGGCCUACUAUUUAUACCACCUCUUAAUGCUUCUAUUUUGUAAAUUUUUGUAGAUAUCAAAUUAUAAAUAUUUUAUUAUCUAUUAUUCAUCUUUGUAAAUGUGACACAGCAGAUUUCCCCAGUGUGCGACUAAUAAAGGAAUAUCUUAUCUUAUGUAACAGUAAAAUAUUAAACGCAAUUUUUUCAUAAUUU